AUGUCCGUUCCGAGCGCGUCCGAUCCAUCCGGCGCACUAUCAACAUAUUUAUUUCAGUUGGAUGCUCUAGAAACAGCUUACGAUGACGCCAACACCGCAUACGCAGAUAUCAAGGACAGUCGUAACAGGGCCGACGACAACCUCGGAUCGCAGAGGGCGGAUGAGGAGCAAGCUCAAUUGCAGAAGUCUCUUGGAGGAAUCUGUGACAUUGCACGCUCUGCUUCGGAAAACGGCAGACUUUUGCCUGGCGAACUGCUUCGCCUAGCAGAACGUGCCGCCGAAAUCGAGAACAUGAUUAUCAAACUGUCCUUCGCCGUAGGCCACGAAGGCGGUCAUAUCGCGUGUGGGAACCUGAUCAAGGAAGACGGACUGGGAGAGUUAGGCGGUAGCAUGGGUUCACAUACCGCAAAAAAUAUACUCCGACUGACGCUUCGGCGUGAUAAAGAGCUAGGGCGCCCUUCCAGCAAGCAGGAACUCUCAAGCUUCUUCUUUGGUUGUGCUCUUACGCCGUACAAGGACAUGCCCAAACCCAGUCCAUAUACGUCGCCUCUCGCUCGCUUCGCUCUCAAUCCUGUCAUUCCUGUCUCCACGUCACCGGUGAUAACUGCCUUCACCGAAGCUCGGUGUGAAAUUCAAUCGAGAGAGAUUGAUCGCCCAGCAACUAUGCUUCUCGCAAACGGUAACAUCGUCAUUCUCGGCGCCGGUGGCCGGAAGGAGCAAGGCGGUGUCCUGACUAUCUGUGAUCUAACUUCCGAAGGCGGCUCUGCGUUAGCCUAUACCGAAAAGGCGUUUAGUCUGGGACGUCAUGGUGGCGCUCAAGCAGCUUUGGAUGAAGCCCGUAGGCUUGUAUACGUUGGAGGCGACAAAGCUAUCAGUGUGUAUCGCUGGGACGACGAGGGCGAUGGUGACGGUGAGGAUGUGGAAUAUAUCAACCAAGACGACGAACAGGAGCAACUGUACUCGGAAGAUGCCGAUCGCCAGCGCCGGCCCACCUUCUUCUUGCAGGCCAAAGACUACGGUGGCGUGCUCGACUUAACUGCCGACCGCACUAAAGUCCUCCGUUCUGGAAGGAACGGACUCGGCGUUUGGGAUGUCUCUUCGCUCGACCCAAGCGGCAUCGCGAACUUCAACAGCAUAGCUUCCUCUGCGUUCUCUGAAGUGCAUACCUGGUCGCGCCAUCCAUCAGACCAACAUCAACGUCUUGUGGCCGGGAGCAAUCGCUCAUGCCGCGUUUCGUCAGCAGAUAUCGAGACAGGCAAAGCCGUGAUGCACUACGUCGGGCAGAAUACCGGAGUUGGCGCACUUGCGGUUGGAAAAGACGAUCCCCACAACUUCUUCACCGCGAGCGCCGAAGGAGGUGUCAGAUUCUACGACUCGCGUACACCCGCACCAAUCUACGUCCUCCAGCACGCAGGCGGAGACAACAUUCAGUCUCUCCUGUACGAACAUAUCGGCGGCCAUCCUUUCAUUAUCAUUGGCGGGAAUCAGUCGCAACAAAUCAAGAUCUGGGAUGCCCGCGCCCGCGCACCUCUGUAUCAGCUGAGUACGGGUAAUAACGCCGUGGAGACUCUGGCCUGGGAUGGCGAACGAAAUCAGCUCUACGCUGCGACCAACUGUCAAUACCUUGGGUAUGACGGCUCGUUUUUCGGCUAUCGCGGGGCACACUUUGGCGAUGAAGACGAUGAUGGCGGAGAUUGGAGAUGGCCGCGGGAGGCGUGGCACGACGAGAAAAGCUUCGGUCAUCCGUUUGAUUGUGGAUCGCAUAGAUUGAUCCGCUACAGCUUCAAGAGCGAACCGAAUCCUGAGUUCAGUUGUAGGUCUUGA